AUUUAGAGUAGAGUGCGAACCCCAAAGCACGUUAACUACUACUGACACAAAAAACAAUUUAACAAAAAAGUUGGUAAACGCAUAAAAAACUCAAAAACCUAACACACAUAACUGCAGUGACCAGAAACAGCUUCUAGUUUAUAUUUCAACUUGUUGGUCCAUUUUGAGAAUAACUGAUAUCAUGAAGGUUUCUAGCUUUUGUGCUUUGCUCUUGUUGGUUGUUACUGCUUUUACCUUCUUUAGCUUCUCAGGUUCCAUCACAGGUCCUUCUUGGUUUCCAGAUUUGGUUGGUAAAAAAUGUGUUGAUGAACCAACAGCAAUUGCAGGAAGUAGGAAACUGAAGGAAAAUGCCAAUAGGAUUAAGAGCAAUGAAAAAGGCGAUACCGGAGAUCGCGUAAGACUCGAAGAUUACAAUCCAAUUGAUCCAAUACCAGGUGGAGCAAAGAAUGUUAAUCCAGGACCAAUUGAACAUGGAACUCCUCUUAUGCCAUUCAUACCAAUAUCUCCACCUCCUGUUGGUGAAUCUAACCCUGGUCCUGGAGAUUAUAAUUAGUAACAACUUGUUCCUCUCUAGAAGAAGCAAUGCUUAAAGAGUGUGAUAAUGCUAUAUAUUAACCUGGUUUACUUGCUAUGUAAUCUUUGUUUUAUCAUGUGUUACUGUUGUGUGAAACACUAGUAAUUUGGCAUAACUUAUAAAGUGGCCAAUGUUUGUAAUCUAAUGUACUUGGAACUUGGAAGUAUUAUGUAUCAUGUAAUAUGCGUGCUUGUUAAA